GGACUGAUGGCACACUCGAUCCAAAACUACCACGACAAACAAUGAAGUGCUUCGCGAUUCUGCUGUUGGCAACCGCCGUCUUGGCAGCCGACAAGACGAAAGACCCGAAAAAUCACGACAAACGGAGUGUGAUAGCCGGUGAUCAUGCUUACGGUCUAGGCGGUAUCACGAGCUACGGUUUAGGCAGUACCUCGGGCUACGGUUUAGGCAGUACCUCGGGCUACGGUUUAGGCGGCAUCUCAGGCUACGGUUUAGGCGGCAUCUCGGGCUAUGGUUUAGGAUAUGGUCUGGGAGGAUACUCGACUGGACUCGGCACGAAGGUACUCUCCGGGUCGGGACUCUCAGGAAUCACCUUGGGUAACAACCUCGCUUCCGCCUAUGCCUCUGGACUAGGAUAUGGAUUAGGAGGUUCUUACGGAGGUUACUACGGAGGUUACAGAAGCCCUGCCUUAAUCGCUGGUCACGCUACUGGAUUCAAUGCGUUGCCCAGCUUGGCGCAUGCUAAAACUGAGCGCAUCACCGGUCUUACUGUGCACCGCGAAGUUCAAGUGCCAGUCCCGGUUCCGCAUCCAGUUCCCGUCGAAGUAACCAAGCAUGUACCUGUCCCACACCCCGUACCUUACAAGGUAGACCGUCCCUACCCCGUUCCAGUAGCGCAACCAGUACCUGUCCCAGUCACCCGUCACGUACCCGUAAAGGUUGACCGUCCCUAUCCUGUUCCGGUACCACAACCCGUCGAAGUACGCGUACCGCAUCCAGUGCCGGUUCCAGUAUCGCAGCCGGUACCUGUUCCAGUCCCUGUCACAAAACAUGUGCCGAUCUCCGUGCCAUCUACCAUCGCAGUCGCACCAUCGACCUUCGCAGUCGCACCAUCGACCUACGCAGUCGCACCAUCGACCUACGCAGUCGCACCAUCGACCUUCGCAGUCGCACCAUCGACUAUUGGCAUCGCAUCUGGAAUUGCGCCUACCGAAUACAUCGGUCUAGGAUCCAGCAGUCUGGGAGCCAUCUCGGGUACGACUCUGGGUACUGGACUGACCACCGGUCAUCUCACCAGCGGUUUGGACAGCGGCAUCAUCUCAAGCGGUUUCACCAGCGGUCUCGCUAGUGGUGCUGAACAUAUUGGACUAGCCAGCGGUGUAGAUCAUGCUGGAUUCAGCAGCGGCAUAGUACCAACAUUGGGAUCUACCGGCACGUUUGUGGCGUCUCACGACACUCUCAAUGGCGAAUAUCCAUUGAAGAAGUGGUAAACUCAACUCGACAACUCGAUUUGACGUGUGUCUUUUAAAGCGCUUCUCGGGCGUAAUUUAUGGAUCGAACGUGCAAAAAUACUAAUUGUGUUAUGUACGUUGUCGAAUAAAUUUAUUUUUAUACACAUUA